AAAAUCCCUCUCCACUAUGAUCUUAUCUAUUCAAAGUUAUAUAUAUAAACUAUACGAAAGGGAAAUAUCCCUUUUGGCGUUUUUAUUUAUUUAGUUUUCUUAAUUAUUUUCCUGUCUUUAAGGAAAAUUAGUUCACUUUUAAAUCGUGAUUUUCCUGUCGGUUAUAUAAAAUAAUAUAUAAUUUCUAAACUAAACGUGGGAGUGACAUCGAUAGUCCAGGGAAUUUCCCCUCCUACGUUUGUUGUUAAUUUGAUCAGCUGUUUCCUUAUACCGCCUAAUAAUAAUCUCACAGAUGGACUUUGAAAUUAUUAUUAAUUAUUAAAUUUCGACAAAUAACUACGAAAUUAUUUUAAAAUAAUAAUUUCUAUAUUAUUUAUUUCUGUAAAGUUUCUUUUUCGUUUUAAAUUUUCCCCAAAAUUGGAAAUUAUCCUCAAAAUGCUUAAAUGAAUUAGUAAUAAUUUUCAAUUAAAACCUUAAAGUCGGGUUAGAGAAUAAGGAAAUUCCCUAAUGCGACCUUUCGCGUCGAUUUUCAAGGAAUUUUCGUGUUUUCUCCCUCGAUGAUCGGGGAAUAAGUGAGUGAGAAUGCAAAAAUAUAAACCGAACGUUUUUAAUAAAAAUAUCGUCGUGUUUAUUAGUUUUUAGGAAAUUUCUCUGUAAUUAAUAUGCACACGUGUUGUAGAAAUCAAAAUGUUUGUUUUUACGGCUUUAUUUUAAGCCUAGUUCGUGUGAAGAGGUCAAACGAGUAUUUGUAUUUUAUGAGUGGAUUUAAACGGAUGGAUUACGAUCAUGUGAUCACACCUAAGUUUGUGGUUGUUACUAACUACGUCAUUUUCUGGCUUGAUUUCACUUUAAUACGUGUAAAAGUAUACAAUAUCAGUAUUAGAAGGCCUUGAAAGAUGCUAUAAAAUUACCACGAUAAAGGAAAUGCUUAUAUAAAAUCAUGCUCGAUGUUCCAAACGCCAUUGUCAAACUUCUAGGCUCACGGGAAGGCGGCGCUGAACGUCCGAUGUACACGGUUUUGCGUUGAAAUCUCUAUUGACUUCAGGCAUUUUUCUUCGGGGGAGUGUUUUAUAAGAAACAUUUUCUUAUAAAAGAUUGGCUUGGGGUCCCCUGUUGGCACUCAGUCGAUUGCCCAUUUUGCUCGUACGAUAACGCGCCACUGACUGUUAUGUGACUUGAUCUACCAAACAUAUAUCUUCUCCAUUUGUAUACCUUAAAUUAAGAAUGCCUGAAUGCCUUAAUUUAGUUCCUGAAUCCUUAUCAUCCGAUUUCUUCAAUCGAGAUACCUUCCGUAAUGGAAAAACUAUUUGUAAUUCCAUUGUUUUCAGAGGUAAAGAUCGUAUAAACACGUACAAAGGCUGAACGUACAACGGAAUAUUUUACAUACAGGAAUAUACUGUAUUAAAUGUCAGUAGGUGUUAUUACGCAAUUAGCUCUUGUUAAAGAGUCCACAGCGCAGAAUAUAAUGAGAUAAUUAAAUUUCCAAACGAUAUACAUUGUACGUUAAUAACGCUUAUUACAAAACCCGGAAAUUGCGUAUGGAGUCGAAGAGAAAUAUAAAAGUAGAGUGAAAGGGAAGUAGUCGAGCGGAUAUGUAACAGAGCGUGUUUAUUGUCGUCCUUCUACCGAUCUGUCCUGUCAGGUAGUUUCACAUGAAGUUUCAAAAUGUCGUCGUCGUCGUUUAAAACUAAAGUAAUUAGGACCCGUCCCGCCUACAUCACGUUCAGGAAUAGGAAAUUUCUAAUAUUAGAGAGCCCGUCCAACGAUAAUAUCGCUUCCUUUGUAAAGGAAUUGCAAAUGCGUAACGUGAAGCAUUUAGUGAGGGUGUGCGAGGCAACUUACGACAGACAGCUAGUCGAACUGGAAGGUAUCCAAGUCUUGGACUGGACGUUCAGGGACGGUUUUCCUCCUCCUCCUAAAAUCAUCUCCGACUGGUUGAAGCACGUUAAAACCACAUUUAGGCAAGAUCCGGAUUGCUGCAUAGCGGUGCAUUGCUUAGCGGGAUUAGGGAGGGCACCCGUUUUGGUGGCGCUCGCUCUUAUGGACUUGGGAAUGACGAGCGAAGAUGCUGUCGAGUUCAUUAGGAGGUAUCGUCCGGGUGCCAUGAAUCACAGGCAGUUGGCAUUUUUGAGGCAAUACGAAACUGAUUCGUGUUUCCAUCGGACUGGAUGCGUUCUGAUGUAAAUAGUUAGACACAGCGCCGUUUGAUACGAUCGGUGUAAAUUUUGUAGUCAUUCUUGAUCGAAGGAUUUUUAGUCAAAGGCUGGUUUUUCGUGGCAAAACAUCGAAUUACAGGUACAAAUACGUUGUUACCAUCGAGAUGUUCGGCGCACCCCCGACAAUUUCCCGAUUCAGCAGGAUAAAUGUUCCUAAAUGACAUUUACAUAGGAGCUCUUCCUAAAAUUGUUCCCGCUUGUUCGGAAACUAAUAAGUUUAUUUUGUAAAUGUAUUUUAUUAUGUACCAUACUCUCUCUGUACAGUACGUUGUAUAUAAAUUUUAUAAUUUGUGUAAUAAAAAGAAAAUACUGACAUUUUACUUUCCCAGCUGUUAUAUAACAGAGGGAAAGUAUGACGAUGGGUCAAAAAAAUUCCUCCCGAGAACUUUACGUAUUUGGAUUCGGUGACCUCGAAAUGUCGAGAAAUGCAAAAGUUGGGAUUUUUCUGUAUGUAGGCCUGUUAGUGCGCACACUUCGAAGCUUAAUAAUCCCUCGCCUUUGUCGAAAAUUUUGCCAGGAGGUUCGUGUAUCGGGCAGACGUUUCUAGAAACUGUCAGGGAAAAUCGGAGAUAUUAAAGGCUGGGACCACGUCUCAAAAAGCUCCAAAGUUGUGAAAUUUUUAUUUUACCAAAAAAAUGAAACUUUCGAAAAUUUUCUUAAAAAGUCGCCCACUCCCAAUAUUAACGGGUUUUGAUGCUUUUUAAUAACUUUUUAUAGAAUAAACCAACUUUUAAAACAUGUAGUCUACUAAAUUAAUAAAUCAGUUUUAAGAAAUUGUUCUCCCGACUCUAGGUCCGAGGUAAAAACAUUAAAAAAACUAUUUUUUGAUGAAAUUCUGUGAGAUAAAUAAUUUUUUAAUUGUAAUUUUCAUUGGUGUUACACCGAAAGAUCUUUGUAAUAUUUUUAAAAUACCGUAGUUAAAUAACCUAUUUUUCUCGAGGAAUCUUUCGUAUUAAUAAUUUUAUGUAAAUCUGAAGACUUAAAGGCAAUGGUAGCAAUUGUCAUAAGAAAAAAUUGAGUUUGAUGUGAGUAAAAAUACUGUACAUUGAAUAAUAUAGCCUACCGGUAUAUUAUAAAGCAUAAUAGAAUCCCUGGUAAUUACAUCUAUUAAAACACUUGCACUUUCCCGUGCAAGGUAGCGGAUGUUGCAAUCGACCGUAAACAAGUUUUUAUCGUUUUUUGCAUAAAAUUCGAAAGUAAGAGCUAUAAAUAUAUCAAAAUACGUUUAAAACGUUCGCAGUAAGCUUAUUCUAUCCGCAGCAUUCUAAGGUCACAUUUUUUAUUUUCUUCAAAACGGAUUUCGUGCACAUGCGUCUUAGUACAUUAUAUAUUUACGUAUAGAUUUUGAAUGUAUUUAUAUAUCUACACUAUAUAUAGCUGAUUUUAUACAGAAAGUAAGCAAACAGGAGCCUCUCUUCAUUUUCAAAAACUGAUACGUAUGGAUUGUUAUCAUUUGAUAAGGAAGAAGGUCCAUAAGUGUAAUAUUUUACUGGAGUGUGUGUUGUAAAUAUUAUAUAUGUAUGUUUUGAAGGAUGCGUACGUGUAUGUGAGAGAAAAUAUAUAGGUCUAUGCUUGAGUAUGUACUGUAUUCUUGUUUAUGUAUUGUUUGUAUUUAUGCGUAUAUAUAUAUAUAGGCUAUAUAAACAUAUAGGCUAAUGUUUAUAUAUAUAAGCAUAAAUAGCGGAUGAUCUACGCGGAUGUUUGCAAAUAAGAAAAAUACCGAAAAUAUAAUAGGAUGUUCAAUUAAAAAACGUAGGUUAUGAGAAAUAUGCGGGCUCCAUAAAUACAGUAGUGCGGUUUAAUCGUCGAAGACAGUUUUGGCCAAUUGCAAACAGAUGUCCCUGCGCGUGCCACAAUACGCCACAGUUUGCAGACUUUGAGCCAGAUUUCAAAGAACGAAUAUUAGAUGUCAACCACCAAGUGGACGUCCAAGAGUUAUCAUACGUUAGCUAUACAACGCCAUCGCUAGGAUAUUUGGCGCCCACACGAGAUUCUCUUGCGAAUUACUGCAAAUAUACCGUAAAUUCCUUGUUUUUUAUCAUCAUCAAAAUUCUUUUAAAUUGAGUUUGGAUGUAAUAACGUCUGGCAACGUUGUUAUAUCAAGCUUAUUCUUCUCCUGACGAGAAACCCGCCAGGGCACUUCCUACGGACUUGGUCCAUACUGUAAAUACAUAAUGGAAACGUUAACGUUUGGCCUGUUGGAGCUCGCAAUUUUACUUACCGUAAAUUCCUAUUUUAUAUCAUCAUCGAGUGAAGAUGGUGCGCCAAAAACAUCGACAUUCGACUGUCAGAAAAUGGAGAAGUGUUCUUUUCUCUGACGAGUGUCGGUACAAGUCUACGAAAUGAUUCUCGUCAGAUUAAGAUCUUGAGAGAGCGAGAAACCGAUACUAUUCAAUAAAAAUUGUGGAAACAGACCAGAGUGAGGAUGGUAAUAGCCUAUUGUCAUCUGGGGUGACAUUAUCCUUAACGUCCGAGAUGUUGCGAGAGAUGUUAAUACUGUAAUAAACUACAGAGACGAGGUUUAAGAACCUAGUGUAAGAUAUUUUCAAGGGGCUCUGAAUGCAUAUUUUACUUUUCUGGACGAUAAUGGUUACUCAUCGGUGACUUUCUGGACAGCGAAAUAUUCGUCACGUGGCAUGUUCGGCAAGAGUAAGCCAUCCGGAUGUAAAUCCCAUAGAAUGUGUGGGAUGUCCCAAGGAGACGAGUCGCAUCCCGUCAGCCUCUUCCGAGGAGCUUCGAGAGACUCCCGUUCAAAAAUAGACUUUGCUCCCGGACAAAUCUGAUAAACGACAUUGCAAUCCGCACGAGUAAUCGUUGUGCAGCGCGCGUUGUGUGCGGGAAGCAACCGUACGCUAUUUUAAUUAUUAUCUAUUCAAAAAUAUUUCUAACAAUGCUUAGUACUUUUUCCUAUUGUAUAUUAUUUGGUCGGGCGUAAAUUAAAUUAAAUAUUUGCUUUUGAAUGAUUUUUUAAUAAAGAAUACAAAGUUCCGCUUUUAUGUUAAGUUUCAGGCUGUUCCGAACAGUAGUUCCCGAGAUAUAAAGUAAAUUGGUGAUUACGCUUAUUCCUUGGACACGGGUAUAUAAUAUUUGUGGAAUAUGUAAUUAUUCAUACAUAUAUAUGUCUCUUUAAUCCGAAAAAUCACAAGAAUUCCGGUAGAAUAUCUUACAGUCUUUAGGUCGGGAACAUCCUUUAUUGAAGAUGCGGAUUACCUACGUAAUAUAUAAUUACUUGAAAAAUAAGCAAAUAAACGUCAUUGCCUCAAUAUGACAUGGUACAUUAAUACCCAUAUACUGUAUUUUAUACGAAACUAACGACUAAAUUGUAUUUUACGCAUUUCUCGUUGACCGGAGAAUGAUGUUUUCUUCUUAAAUUGCAUUUAGAAUAUCGCACUAUUAUCUACUGUUAGGUUUAGUUGUUAGAUCUUACAACUGACAUUUUGUUUUUAUGAUCCACAACUUUGUAUUGAUAUAAGCCUACG